UAACAUGAUCAUCAUGCCUAUAAAGCAAGAACUCAUUGACUUAACAGAUGAUUUAGAUGAUACCCAAACCACUAGAAACACAACUAUGCAUUAUAUGAUUCCAGUAAAGAAUAAUGGUUUUGAUGAUUUUCAAGGAAGUCCUAUGAAAAAAAUUAAACUUGAAAGUCCUGUUUUUGUUGCUCCAUUGUCAAUUUGUCCAUAUAAUAGUAAUGAAUUGGUUGUAGCUUCCCCUGUUAGUGUUCCAGUUGUUACUAGUUGUAAGCAGUUCUGGAAAGCUGGAGAUUAUGAUGGUAAGAAGGAGGGUUGUGCUGGUUUUUUCUCUGGGGCAUAUGAUCAAACAGUUGGUAUGGAUCAUGUAAGAGUUCACCCGAAAUUCUUGCAUUCGAAUGCUACUAGUCAUAAGUGGGCAUUGGGUGCUUUUGCUGAGCUUUUGGAUAAUGCAAUGGAUGAGGUUUGUAAUGGUGCUACGUAUGUUAGCGUAGACGUGAUGGAUAACAAGAAAGAUAAGGGGAGUAAGAUGUUGUUAGUUGAAGAUAAUGGUGGUGGAAUGACACCUGAUAGGAUGAGGCAAUGUAUGUCUCUUGGGUAUUCGGCGAAAAGUAAGUUAGCAAACACGAUAGGUCAAUAUGGAAACGGUUUCAAAACGAGUAGUAUGAGGCUAGGGGGUGAUGUGAUUGUGUUUUCGCGGGGGAGAGAUAGAGCAACGAAUAUGUUGACACAGAGUGUUGGAAUGUUGUCGUAUACGUUUUUGAGGAGUACUGGGAAAGAAGAUAUUGUUGUUCCUAUGAUUGAUUUUGUGAAGAGGGGAGGAACGUGGGAGAUGUUGGUUCGGUCUACAGCUGAUGUUUGGAAAAGGAAUUCGGAGACUAUAGUGCAAUGGUCUCCUUAUGAGAGUAAAAAUGAUCUAUUUCAGCAGUUUGAAUUAUUGAAAGGUGAUCAAGGGACGCGAAUUAUCAUAUACAAUCUUUGGGAGGACGAAGAAGGAGGCACAGAGCUUGACUUUGACACUGAUCCACAUGACAUUCAAAUCAGGGGGGUUAGUCGAGAUGAAAAGAAGAUUGAGAUGGCUAAAGAAUAUCCUAACUCGAGGCAUUUUCUAACUUAUCAGCAUUCUUUAAGGAGUUAUGCUUCGAUUUUGUAUCUGAGGCUUGCUCCUGGAUUUCGGAUAAUUUUGAGGGGGAAAGAUGUUGAACAUCAUAAUUUGGUAAAUGACAUGAUGUUUUCUGAGGAGAUCACGUACAGACCACAAUCCGUUGGUUACGAAACGUUUGUGGCUACAGGAACUAUUGGUUUUGUGAAAGAUGCAAAACAUCAUAUUGAUGUUCAAGGUUUCAAUGUGUAUCACAAGAAUAGGCUUAUUAAGCCUUUCUGGAGGGUCUGGAAUGCUGCGGGAAGUGAUGGUCGCGGUGUGAUAGGCGUCUUGGAGGCUAAUUUUGUGGAACCAGCUCAUGAUAAACAGGGGUUUGAGCGCACAAUUGUCCUUGCUAGACUCGAGGCACGCCUACAAUUUAUACAGAAGAAGUAUUGGUCUUCAAACUGCCAUUUCAUUGGUUAUGCUAAGCGUCGCAAUGUAAAGAACACUGCUGUCUCUCCAGAUCAGGAACAACCAAACGUCGGGCACACAACCUGUCAUGAUGAUGGAUCUAAUUUGAAAUCGUCCAGAGUAGAACGCGAGAGGGGACCAGUUCAUUCUUCAAUAAAGGACAGUUCGGUGCAUGAAGCAUCCCAGGUGUAUGUAGGAUCCAAGAAAGUGACCCAGCCAGUUCAGUUUUCAAUACAAGCAAAUCAAAAUCCAUCUAUCUCCAACGUCAGCCGCAGAACCUGUCAUGAUGAUACAUCUAAAUCAAAAUCCACUGUAGGAGAACACGAGAACACGGUACCAAUUCAUUCUUCAGUACAAGAAAGAAAUCAAACUAUGUCUGGAGAGCAAACUCAGCAAGUGUGUACACUAAAUAGGCAACCUGAUGAAACUCCAGAAAACUCUUCUGCACCAAAAAGAAAAUCAUGUUCCCCAUUUAUCUCCAAUGCCGAAUACACAACCUAUCAUUAUGAUACAUCUAAAUCAAAAUCCAUUGGAGAUCAAACUCAGCAAGCGUCAACAUCAAAUAGGCAAACUCUGGGAAAUUCAGUUGUGAAGAUGGAAGAUACUAUGCCCAAUGACUUGAGAGUAGAGAGUAGUAGUACUAAGAAUAGUUUACAACAGGUUUUGCACCGUUUGCAGCAGGAAAGAGCCAGGAGUGAGACUCUAGCUCGCAUGCUUAUAGAAGAACAAGCACGAGCGGCUAAGGAAGAACAGAGUAUAAGGCAGCAGGAAAGAGCCAGGAGUGAGACUCUAGCUCGCAUGCUUAUAGAAGAACAAGCACGAGCGGCUAAGGAAGAACAGAGUAUAAGGCAGCAGGAAAGAGCCAGGAGUGAGACUCUAGCUCGCAUGCUUAUAGAAGAACAAGCACGAGCGGCUAAGGAAGAACAGAGUAUAAGGCAGCAGGAAAGAGCCAGGAGUGAGACUCUAGCUCGCAUGCUUAUAGAAGAACAAGCACGAGCGGCUAAGGAAGAACAGAGUAUAAGGCAGCAGGAAAGAGCCAGGAGUGAGACUCUAGCUCGCAUGCUUAUAGAAGAACAAGCACGAGCGGCUAAGGAAGAACAGAGUAUAAGGCAGCAGGAAAGAGCCAGGAGUGAGACUCUAGCUCGCAUGCUUAUAGAAGAAAGAGCACGGGCAGCUAAGGAAGAACAGAGUUUAAGGAACAAAUUAAAGGAUGCUUCUGUUAUCACACAAGAUCUGCUCAAUAAAGUGAGGCUGCUAGAAAGUAGCAGGAUGAAUGCUACCUGCAAAAAUGAACGUUAAUGUUGAGAAGUGACACAAAAUAUGCAGCUGAAGAACAACUGAUGCACACUUCAAAGAUCUGGCUAUAGCAAAUCGAUUCAAUAUUAACAUAUACCUUAGAUUUACUUUUUCUAUUUUUCAUAUGGAUGUAGUUGCUUCUGUUGGCAACAGUUUUUCUUGAUUGUUCUCAGUUUUUGA